AUGGAGAUUAUUAUGCCAUCCAGUGGUUCAGGUUACUUUAACAAUAGUAAUCACUUACAAGAUUCUACCAACUCAGAGGCAAAUUCAAACUAUGAUCUUAAUAACUAUAGCAGCUUCAAUACAUUUUCCUACCCAACAUCCAAUUUUCAAUCAAUCAAUAAUAAUUCAAAUAUUUUGAAUAAUGAACAAUCAUCAACCCCAGCUCAUUCUUCAAUUGAUCAACAAUCAAGAUCAGAUCCUUCAUCUUUCAGAUCCAUAAAUGCUCAAAAUAAUCGUUUCAUAAAACAAGAAGCUGAUCAAUCAAGUAACAGCAACUUCACUAGUAGUACACAAUACAAUCAACCAAGAUCUGGACCAAUAACUCAAUCACAACUGGAUUAUGCAUCCAUGAAUAACUUUCAAUUCCCUUCAAAUCAACAUCUCUUCCGUUCUGAACAUCAGCCACCAGUUCCACAACAACAAUAUCAACCACAUUACCAACAAGCUGAACCAUUACGCUCACCAUUGCCACCAACUCAAUAUUCACAAAUUACAACACCAAAUAAUGUGAUACCACAAAGUAACUUUAACUCACAUUUCCAAUACAGUUCAAACUUCAGCCACCAUGAACAUAGACCUUCAGAUCAAUCACCAAUUUACAGCCAAGAUUACCAACAACAACAAAAUUCAUACUUCCCACAAGUUGUUUCUCGUGAUGAGCAACAAAGACAAGUUGCAUUCAAUGAUCCUUUCAAUUCAAGACAUCAUCAACAUCAUCAACAUCAACCAGCUAUUCAAAAAGUUGAAACUUUUUCAAAUGAUGACAUUCAAAUUUUAAAAUCUUUAUUAUUCAAUGGUGAAAAAGUCAAAUGGAAAUAUGUUGCUAGUAAAUUGGCCAAUGUCUCAGGUAGAAGAGCUACUUCAACUGCUUGUUGCAAAAAAACAAGAGAAUUAUUUCGUUUACCAUCUGAAAGAGCUUGUGGUGAUUUGGGAACCAGUUUACCAUAUGUUGUCCAUGAUUCAUGGAAGUCCAUAGAACAAAGAAGAUAG